AUGAACACCACAAACAGUACGCUGCAACAAGCACGAUGCGCCAGUCAUAGCGGGAUCCCUGUUCUCCCCUACUCCAAUGUCUGCGCUAUCACCAUCUGGCAACAAGGAUUGAAUAAUACGGACGAUCCCUAUUCUGUCCUCAAGAACUGUUGCCCUAGCGAUCACUACAGCUACUUUGGCGAGGAUAACUGCUUCGCUUACUGCAAUGCAACCAAGGAGACUUACUCAACUCUUGAAGAAUGUCUCCUUGACCGCCCUCCGCGACUCCAUGCAGUUGUAUGCAACACCGGCAGCGCUAUGGGGCCGAUGCGCAGCGUGGCGUCUUAUCUUGUGCUAGCAGUGGUCUUUACUGGCCUUUGGCAGUUUGGUAUAUGCUUGUGCUUCAGGGCCUGUACAGCCGGGACAUUUGGGACUUGCGAUAUAUGCCAAGUUAAUUAG